CGAAAUGAAAAAAACGUGGUCACCAUUGGCAUUUGCUACCACCAGAGGGUGAAAUGGGUUGUCCGAGCUCAUAGAUUGCGAAAAGACACUCUCUAUAUAGCAAGACAACAACAACGCGAAUCGAUCUACCUACAGUUCCAUAUCUCUGGUAUUGACAAUGCAAUUUUACAGAUCAAACUUCCUGUUAUCCGUGUCUGUGGCCAUCCAUUUCUUGACGAUUGCCAACGGUGCACCGAGCAAUGAUGACAUUCUCUACCGAAUGAUUUCAGUAGAAUCCACUAAUGAAUUCACGCUUCGUGCAAAGGAUAGCAUGGUCGAAGGUUCUAGGUUUGCUUUCAACAAAGAAGGAUACGAAGGAGAUGGUUUCAUUGACUUUGGCGGAGCUGGAACAUCCGCUUUUUGGUCGACUAAUAUCCAAGUUGAGGGAGAAUACGAUGUCACCAUACGGUAUGCCUCGAGGGGAAAUCGUCCAGUAGAUUUACUCAUUAACAAUAACAAGAUAGGAACUUUUCAGAUCAAGAAAGCCGGAAACGAUUGGAAUACAUGGAAGGAGGAAACAAUCAGAGUGAAUAUUCCAGCAGGAAAGAAUCAGAUUCUAAAGCUCCUAGCAUCCGCCAACCCUGGACCAAAUGUAGACAACGUUGCUUUGAAACUCGUCAGAUCGCCAACGCCGCCAUCUUCCUCACCCAACGACCAAGAAGAACCAAUUGACUAUGCUGUCAUCCUCAGAGAAAACGAGUGUCUUCCAAAAGGUAGUUUCGAAGAAAGUGAAAAUGGGAAAUUCGACUUUGGUCUAGAUGGUGUACGCAUAGUUGUCAGGAACAAGACAACAUUAGAGAUUUUAUGGUCUCUUAGAGUGCAAGGAGAGGAAGAAGCAACGUUACUUUGCAUGGAGAGAAAUGGGAGUUUGGUUACUCUGCAGGUCAAAGACUCUCUGCCUCUUUGUGAUACCAAAGCAACAGGCAUAUAUGAGCGUACGUACAGUUUUACCUUUGGUAUCAACAACGUCGGAAAAAUCGCUGUUCUUCUCGAUAACAAACAUUUGCUUUGGACGGGAGGAUUAGAAAGUGACCAACCAUCGGUGCCUCUCACCCCGAAACCAAUGCUAAAACCGACAUCCAUUGCUACGGCGAUCCCGAGUUUAGCUCCUACUCCAAGAAUACCCAUAGUGUCUCCAAAUGCUUUUCAACCUCCAGACGAGAAAGACCUACAAUACAAAGCAGUCCUGUCUGAAAAUGAAUAUUUCGGAAGAGAAGAAUUUGCUCAAAGUCUUUCAGGAGAGUUCGAAAUCGGGUUGAGUAAAGCUGGUUCUCUUCUUGUUCGAAAGACCAGGAAGACUUCCGAGGUGGUAUGGGUUCUUGAAGAUUCUAUGGGUCGAAUUAUAAUUGGUGACAAGCUUUACAUGCAGAAUGAUGGUAAUUUGGUCAUGAGGAGGGGAGAUAACAGCGCCGUAUGGACUUCGAAAUCAGCAAACGCCGAUGGGCCCAGUCAAUAUUCGUUUGGUAUAAAUAAUUGUGGUCGUGUUGCAGUUUUUGGUGCUUCUAAUUCGACGGAUAUUUUAUGGACUGCGGGAAUCCAGGGCAAUUGCAUAGAUAAAACUCCAUCCGACCCACAAACUAUACCUCCAGUUUCAAACCCAAUGCUGUCGCCAUCGCCGAUUGAGACACCAUCACCAGAAUCGAGACGACCGACUAGCGUAAGCUUUUCUGUUGUUCUUCGCUCGAAUGAGCAAUUGAUUGGCAGAGGUAAAUUUGCGUCUUCUCCUAAUGGGCAGUACGAAGUUGGAUUGGAUUCGAAAACUGGCCGGCUCAUUAUCAUGAGAACAAUAAGCAAUAACGAACUUUGGACUCUCAGAGACAAAUCCGGGGAUGAAAUACUAAACAUUAGUAAAAUAUACAUGCAGUCGGAUGGAAAUUUGGUUAUGAAAAGUUCCUCGAACGAGGGUUUAUGGAAUUCAGAAACCAGUCAAAAUCCCGGUGGAGAAUUCCGUAUAGAUGACAGCGGCCAACUAUCUGUCAACUUCCAGGGAACACCUCUUUGGAUCGAUGGUCUUCCUCGAGCGAUAUACACAGGCCCAUCAUCCUCCGACUUGAUCUUCCCAGUCAGAGGUUAUUUCUACUACGCAGUACGUAGAUUCUUUUGCAUCUGUGAACGCUUUGCAAUAUAUUUGAUUCGUACAAUACGUACUCUGAACUAAUUACUCACAGUGAUCCCCUUUGCAAUUGAAUUCUACCAAAUCUUAAAAUUGUCUCUGUCUAUUCAUUACAGUGGUACCCCGAAACGUGGACUGUUGGAGGAGAACAAGUGAAAUACAGACCAAAUCUUGGUACGAUUCCAGAAGGAACGUAUAGAUCAGGUGACCCCGUCGUUGUUAAGAAUCACGUAGAAGCACUUGAUUAUGCUUGGGCUGAUCUUUCUAUUGUGUCAUGUAAGUUUAUGGUCGAUGCCAGAAUUUCAGUUCUACCGUAGCAGAUUUUUCCGCACCCUUGAUCAUUGCCCUAACCAAAAUCUUUUCAACAGGGUGGGGACCAAGUGAUCGCCUUGAUCGCGCUAGGAUUACCCAAUUGCUCGACGAGACCGCUGAUCAAGAUUCAAGCAUCAAAUGGACAGUUUAUUACGAGGAUGAAAUGAACUUCAAUAAAAGUGUUGAUCAGCUCAUGGCUGACCUCGACUACUUGAAAGAAUGGUUUGCCUGGCAUGAAUCAUGGGCACACAAAGAUGGUAAGCCUGUUAUCUUUAUAUGGAAUGAGAGUAAUUGUGAAGUUGCAGAUCGAUGGACAGUGGCUGCUAAGAGUGCAGGCUGGUAUCUUGUCUUAAAGCUAUUCAAAAACUACCUAGAUUGCACAAAUCAACCUGAUAGCUGGCACCAAUAUGUGAGUACAAUAUGAUAUCUUUUUAUUGUAUAGUUUUGGGUCAAAGGCACACUACCAGAGUAAUAACUGUGACAACUAUCCCAUGAAUGUUUGUCUCUUACCUCAAGGUUUUAUAUUCUGGAUUCCACAAUGACUUUAUUUUUGCAUCACAACAAUCAAAAUAUUUUUAGGGUGUGGGUCGCACUUAUCUUGAAUACCCGAUGUCAUUUACUAUUGGGCCAGGAUUUUUCAGGGCUGAUGCAGAUCAACCUGAAAUUUCUCGUGCUCCUAUUGCAACAUUUUGUUCUUGGGUUGCUGAAAUGAAUCUAAGCAAUAAGGAUUGGCAACUUGUUGUUUCAUUUAAUGAAUGGGGAGAGGGAACAGCAGUAGAAAGCGCGGUUGAAUGGCAGAGUGAUUCAGGAUAUGGAAGCUAUCUUGACUGCCUUCAUGACCCAAAUGUACUUUAUACACGGGCUUAGAAGAAGACAUGGUCAACUGAAUAUAUCAGGAGAUGAAUGGGGUUUAGAGAUAAAGGAAAACAACAAUUAUACCAAUUUCUGUCCAGAAUAAAUAACUUACUGUACC